UUUCAAUAUAUUUCAAAAGACAAUUAUUCCUUAAGUUAUAGUUCUUUGACUUUGUUUAAGAAAAAGACCCUUUAUCCAAGAUUGAUAAGUGAAGAAUGUCUCAUAAUCAGGACUCUAAAGUCCUGAAAGAUGAUAUUAGGGGUCAACUUUCAGAUAUUCAAAGAAAAUUAUUUAAUACUACCACCAAUAAGGAAAACCUUAACGUGUUACCAAAAGGCAGUCAUUCAAAACCUUCCUCUCCAAGCUUAUUACAAGAAAAUGUAUUCCAACCUCCAACUUUACCUAGAGCUGGUGGUAGUUCAAGUGGGCCAUCAUCUAGAAAAUCUUCUGGAUCAGGAUCUGGAUCAGGAUCUGGCUAUCACCACCAUCAAAACCAUGGAAUUAGUAGAAAAUCUUCGAGAAAUGCCUUGACUCCUUCUAUUCCUCAACCAACUCCUUCCUUAGGACCAGAAUCUAAAGGUAAUGAUAUGAAUUUUGUUGUUGGCUUAAGUGAAAAUUUAUUAAGUGAAUGUAGAAGACUAAAUGCUGAAAAUGGUAAAAUAAAACAAAAAAUGAAAAGUCAGUCAGAAGAAAUUGAAAAUUAUAAAAAUCAAAUUUCAAAAUUAAAUAGCUCAAGAAAUUUUCAAAUUAAUAAUGAAACUGAUUUAAAAGAUAAAAAUUGGGAAUUAGAAUCAAAUUUAAAUAAUUUAAAUGAAAAAAUUAAUAAUUUAACUAAUUCAAAUGAAAAAUUAUUAAAAUUAAACAAUGAACAAGUUUUAAAAAUCAACUCUAUUCAAAAAGAUUAUGAUGAUUUACAAUUAAAUUAUGAUUCAAUUUCAAAAAAUUAUGAUUUCUUAUCAAAUAAUUAUAACAAAGAAUUAGAAGAAUUAAAUACCAGAAUCGAAGAAUUGAACGACGAAAAUGAUCAAUUACAUUUAAAAUUAUCUUCUUCCACUAUAGAUAAAGAUACAAAAGAAUCUUCUAAAUCAAUUGCUGAAAAAGAUUCAAAAUUAAAUGAUCCAAUUAAAUUAAAUUAUACCAAUGACUUCGAUGAUGAUGAAAAUCUUGAUUUAGAUAGCAUCUUGGUUGAUUCAUCGAAUAUCCAUGAUUUACCCUCAAGUGAUCCUAGAAAUCCUGAUUUAGAAUUGGAAACUUUGAGAGCAUCCUUAAAUCAUUCGAAUCGUUUAGUGGCAAAAUUAAGAUCAGCUGUAUUAAAAUUAAGAUUCGAAAAUUCAAUGGAUGAUUCGGAUCCAAGAAAGACUCCAAAAUUGAAAAAUAGAAAAUUCAAAUCAACUAAAGACUUGCAACCUAAUUCAAAGAGAAGUUCUGGUCUUAUUUCUCCUUCCAAGAGAAAUUCAAAAUUCUUAAUUCUAAACGAUGAUGAAGAUGAAGAUGAAGAUGAUCAUGUCAACGAAACAACUCCCAACUUUACCAAUGAUUCAAAAUACCCAAACGAUGAUGGUAAAUGGGAAGAUUUCCUCGGUGCAAAUAUAGGUACAACUACUCCUUCAAAGCUCAAGGUUCAUUAUGAUGAUGCUUCUUCAACUCAUUCUCUGAGAAGUGUUAAUAUUGCUGCCAUGACCGGGGAUCAUAAUAUCCCUUACCUUGUUGAAAAUGAUUCCUCAGAUUCUGAUAGUGAUUCUUCUCCAAAUGUCAACACUUCCAAUAUUUUAUCAAAAGAUUUGGUCAAUACAAAUAUUUCUCCUAAGAAAGAAAUUGAAAACUAUGCUCAAGAAAAUAAUUUGAUCUUAAUUCCAUUUGAAAAAUAUGAAGAACUUCAAGAUAAUGAUAUUAAUUCCAUUAACAAUGACAGAUUUAUUGAAAUUGCCAACGAUAAAGGCUAUGUAUUAAUAACAGAAAAAGAACAUCAUGCAUUACUCGAUGAAGAAGAAAUGAAAAACAAAUUGAAAUCUAAAGGACUAGUAACUUUACCAUCUGAGGAACAUGAAAAAUUAGCAAAAAAUAACUCAGUAUUUGAAAAUCCUUCAAUUGAUUAUUUAUCCUCAAACUUAUCUAAACAUGGUUUCGAAAUGAUUGAAACAUCAGAUUUAGAAAGAUUGAAUAAAAUUCAAAAAAAUUAUUCAAAACCCUCAGAAGCAUAUUUGUUUUCCAAAUGUAAAGAUAUCAACUAUCAUCCAUUAUCUAAUGAUGAAUAUUCAAAUUAUCAAAACUUAUUAGUUGAUCACGAGAAACCUUCGAAAGAUUAUAUUACUACCAAGGCUAAUGACAUGGGAUUAAUUGUUUCUUCUUCUAAAUUUUAUGAUGACCUUGUUAAUAUGGCUAACAACCCAACUCCUGAUCAUAUCAAAGAAAAAGCCAAGGCUCAUGAUAUUAUAACAUUGUCAACUGAUGAAUAUAAUUCUUUAGUCGACCCUUCAAUUGAUGUAUUGACUGCCAAAGCCAAAGAUUUGGAUCACAUUGUCUUACCUCAGGCUGAUUAUGAGAACUUAAAUAUUUUAGCUCACAACCCUUCGAUUGAUCAUUUGUCAGCUAAAUCAUUAUCCAAAGAUCAUAUAUUAUUACCUAAUAAGGAUCACAAUGAAUUACUUGCAUUGGUAAAUGAACCUUCUCUUGAUCAUAUCAGAUCAAAAGCAUUAUCUAAUGAUCAUACGCUCUUGUCAAAUGCUGAAUUUUCAGAAUUGAAUAAAUUAGCUCAUGAACCUUCUAUCGACCACGUAAAAUCUAAAGCUAAAGAUCAUAUCGUUUUAAAGGAAUCUGACUUCUCAGAAUUACAAAAUCCAAGUUUGGCAAAAGUCAAAGAACAUGCUGAAUCUUUUGAUUUGGUUACUUUAACUAAAGCUGAAUAUGCCGACCUCUAUAAGUUAGCCAAUGAUCCUUCAUCUGAAUAUAUUAAAUCAAAAGCCGAACUCAAAGGUUAUAAAGUCAUCAAGAAAGAAGAAUUUGAGUCUUUGAAAUCAUUAGCUAAUAAUCCUAAUAUCGAACAUCUUCGUAAAUCUGCGAAGAAUUUGGAUCAAGUAGUCAUUCCACUCGAUGAUUACAAUGACCUCUUGAACAAGGCAAAUGAGCCUUCAUUAGACCAUUUGACAGAAAAGGUAGCCCUUUUGGGCUCUUUGAUUGUCAACAAAGAGCAAUAUGAAGAACUCACUAAAUUAGCCAAUGAACCAAGCUUAGAUGUCAUCUCGGAGAAAGCAGCUCGUCAUUCUCAUAUGGUAGUGGCUGAAGAUGAACAUGAUAAAUUAAGAGUAUUGGCUUAUAAUCCUUCUAUUGAACAUAUCAAAGAAAAUGCAGCAACUUUGAAUCAUACCGUUAUUGAUAAUGAAACUCAUGAAUCAUUAGAUCAAAUGGCUAAUUCCCCUGACUUAGAGCAUGUCAAACUGAAGGCUGAGAAGCAUGAUCAUAUGAUUCUUCCUAUCAAAGAACACGAGAAGCUCAUUGGCCAAGCUCAUAAUCCAUCUAUUGAUCAUUUGAAGGACAAAGCUAAAGCGUUGAACUAUUCCUUGAUAAAACUGAAUGAACUUGAUGAUUUGACUAAAUUAGCUCAUGAACCACAUUUGGAACAUGUUACCGAGAAAUCAAAAGCCUUGGGUUUCAGAAUUCUAAGUAACUCUGAUCAUUCGGGACUUGAGAAUUUGGCCAACUCACCUCCAAUUGAUCAUAUCUCCGCAAAAGCAAAAGACUUGGGCUAUGUCACAAAUUCUCAAAAGGAAUACACUGAUCUUUAUAAAUUAGCUCAUGACCCAACAAUUGAGCAUGUUUCCGAAAGAGCUGCUAAGUUCAAUAACAUUCUUCUCGCUAAAACUGACCAUGAGAAGCUCUUGACCUUAGCCAAUAACCCGUCUAUUGAUCACUUAGAAUUGAAGGCUUCGGAAUUGAAUAAGACUGUGAUUGACAACGAAGCUUUGGAGGACUUAAAGAAAGAUCCUUCAGUUGAUGAAUUGAAAACGAUGGCAACUAAACUAGACUUCGUUGCAAUUAAAACUGCUGAAUUGGCUUCUUUGAAGAAAUUAGCGGAAAAUCCAGACGUAGACCAUUUGAAAGAAAAAUGCAGCUUACUUGACCUUGUCCCAUUGUCAUCUGAAGAAUUUGAUGAAUUAUCGAAAUUGGCUCACCUUCCAACAAAAGAGCAUCUCGAAGACAAAGCAAAAGAAAUGGAUUUGGUAAUCAUUCCUUCUUCUGAAUAUAACUCUUUAUUGAACGAUAUCAAAAACCCAUCCAUAGACUACCUCAAGGAGAAGGCUCUUACCAAUGACAUUGUGCCUUUGUCAAAUGAUGAGCAUGAAGAACUCCAGCGCUUAGCCCAUAACCCAGAUCUUGAACACAUCACUGCUAAGUCUAAGAGUAUCAACUACAUUCCAUUGUCAUUCUCCGACUACGAAACUUUGAAUCAACUAGCUCAUAAUCCACCUACAGAACACAUAAAAGAGAAGUCCACAGGUUUAGGUUUAAUUGCAUUGAAUAAACAAGACCAUGAAGAGUUAACUAAGAAGGCCCACAACCCUCCUUCAGAUCAUGUUAAACAAACUGCAGCUGCCAUUGGUUUGAUAGCUAUCGAAAAUAAUGCCUAUAAAGAGUUAUUUGAAACUUCAUCUAAUCCGUCUAUAGAUCACAUCAGAAAUAAGGCUAAAUUGCUUAACCAUACUGUUGCUGAAUCUAGUGAGUUCGAAAAAUUGAAAGAAUUGGCCCACAAUCCUUCAAUAGACCAUAUUCGUAAAGUCGCUAAUGAUAAGCAAUUGGUUGCGUUAGAUAUAUCAGAUCACAAUAUUCUUAAGCAAAAGUCUGACUCUCCUGAUUAUGAUCACAUUGCAAAACACGCCUCCAGAUUGGGAUACAUAACUAUAGCAUCCGAUGAAUUGAAGAAAUUGCAAGACACUGUUAAUCACCCAACAUCCGAUUUCAUCAAAGAAAAAGGACAGUCUCUUGAUUUAAAAGUUCUUCCAAGAGAAGAUUAUGAUACGUUGAACAAGCUCGCCCACAGACCUACCACUGAGCAAAUUAUGCAAGCUUCUACCAAGGCUGGACUCGUUGCUAUCAGUAAGGCACAACAUAAAGAAAUGAAAAAAGCCAUCGAAGAGCCCUCUGCUGAAUACUUAUCUUCAAAGGCUGAAGGACAUGGGUUGGUUGUUGUUGACAAGGAAGACCACCAUAACUUAACAAACCCUUCAAAAGCUGACCUUGAAAAGAAAGCUCAAGAUAUAAAGCAUGUUUUGGUUCUUGAGGAUUCUUACAAGAAAUUGAAAGACACUGCCGAAUCCCCAUCAUAUGAUUUUAUUAAGGAGAAGUCCAAAGCCCAUAAUUUGGUGGCUUUGGAUGAAAAAGAACAUACUGACCUAUUGAAUAAAGCCAAUGAGCCAUCCAAGGAGCAUAUUAUUGAAAAGGCCGGCUUGGUUGGCUUAGUUGCUUUGUCCAAACACAAGCACGAUAAGAUGACUUCUAAAAUAGAGAAACCUUCUAAGGAAUAUUUAGCUGAACAUGCUAGUAAGAGCGAACACGAAUUAAUCCCAAAAAGUGAAUUAGCAAAACUCAAAGAUGAAUUAGCCAAUCCUUCAUUGAAAUAUUUGAAGACUAAAGCUAAAAAUUCUAAACAUGUUAUACUUGAAGAGUCUGAGUAUAAUAAUUUAAUAAAAUCAGUAGAAUCUCCUACUGAAGCCUAUAUUAGUGAAAAAGCUUUCAAUUAUGGAUUAACUGUCAUUCCAAAAGAAGAGUUUUCAGAUAUUCUACACAAGGUUCAGAAACCAGACUUGUCUUACCUAAUAGAAAAGGCUGCUACUUUUGAUCAUACUGUAAUUCCAUCCGAGGAGCACCAAAAGUCCAGCAAAAUGCUUGAGAAUCCUACUAUGGAAUUUUUAAGGGAACAUGUUUCAAAAACUGAUCACACUAUUGUUUCGAAUAGUGAAUAUGAUGAAUUAACACGCUUAAUAUCAGAUCCAUCAAGAGAGCAUAUAGAGCUGAAGGCAGAAUCGGCAGGUUUGAUGGUCUUACCAAAGGUUGAAUAUGAAGAUAUUGUCAAGAAGUCAUCUAAUCCUUCAGAAGACCAAAUUUCUAAGUUUGCUGCUUCCUUGGGUAUGGUAGUUGUUGGGAAACUGGCUUAUAGUGAGUUGAAAGAUAAACUUGCAAGCCCUUCAUUGGAGUUCCUUACGGAUCAUUCCAAUAAGAAGGGAUUAAGCUUAGUUGAUUCAAAAGAAUUGAAUGAAAUGAAGGAAAUUAUUGAGAAUCCUACUUUAUCAUUCUUGAAAGGUAAAGCUGAGCUUUUAGGAAAUAAGAUCAUUUCAGAGGCAGAAUAUUCGGAAUUCGAAACAAUUCGUGACGAUCCUUCGAUAGAGUUCCUUAAAAAGCAUGCCGCCUCCAAAGAUCAUACUGUCCUCCAUAUUCCUGAACAUGAAAAAUUAUUAGAAAAAUUGGACAAGCCUGACCCAACUUAUAUCAAGGAGAAAGCUGCUCUCAGCAAAUUAAUAGUUUUGCCAGAGAAUGAAUAUGAUUCAUUGGUUGAACCAAGUCGUGACGCUAUAAUAGAACUUGCUUCUAAGUCAGGUUUGGCUGCUAUUGAUAAAAGCAGCUAUGAUUUAUUAAAGAAAAAGAUCUCAUCACCAACAGUUGCUUACCUUAAGGAGAAAGCUAAGGAAAAUGGUUACAUAUUGUUAUCUGAUAACGAUCAUUCUGAAUUAAAUAGAUCGAUCGAGUCACCAAGUGAAGCGUAUAUUAAGCUGAAUAGUGAGAAGUUAGGUUUCAAAUUGGUACCAAAUGUGGAAUAUAAGAAUCUCAGGCUGUUGGCUUUCAAACCAGACAUCGAACACUUAAACAAAGUUUCCAAGUCUUUAGGCUAUUCUGUUCUUGAAUCUGCCGAACACGAUGAUUUGAAAGCGGCAGCUGAAUCUCCUACCUUCGAGCAAUUGACUCAAAAGGCUAAAGAAAAAGAUCAUGUUCUUAUUCAUGAAGAUGAGCACAAGGAGUUAGUUCUGAAAGCUGAUGAACUGUUAGAUGAAAAAUUACAGAAAGCUCAUAUGAAAGGAGUUGACUUAGAUGAACAUGAAAGUAUGCUCAAACAGAUCAGUAACCCUUCGCUUGAGGUCCUAAUUUCUAAACUAGCCCAUCAUGGUCAUGAUACUAUACACUCUACUGAAUUGGCAAAACUCAGGGAGGAUUCAACUAGGUCUAUUGAAAGCAGAGCGAAAGAAUCAAAUUUGGAAUUAAUAUCACCUGAGGAGCUCUCUCGUUUGAAAAAUCAAUUAGACCACCCAGCUUUGGAAUAUUUGAGAGAAAAAUCCAAAGAACAAGGGUACACUCUUGUUAAUAUUGAUGACCAUGAAUCCUUAAUUAAAGCAAGUAAGAAGUCCGUGCAUGAUCAUGCCAAAGAAGCUGGGUUAAUUGCAAUUCCGUUGUCUGAUCAUAGUGAAUUAGUAAACCAGACACAAUCACCCACUUUAGAGUUCCUUUCAUCGAAAGCCUUCAAACAUAAUCAUGUACUCGUCAAGAAUGAUGAAUUUGAAAGACUUUUACUUGUGAAUCAAGCACCAUCAUUGGACUUUAUUAUUGAAAAGGCCAAGGCACACCAACAUGUUACUUUAUCUGAGAAAGAAUUCGAAUCAUUAAAUAUGCCAAUUGAAAAGAAACUAGAGGAAGCUGAUUUGGUUGGAGUUCCAACAAAGAAGCACAGAGAAUUAAUGGAAGAGUUGAAUAGUCCUUCCUUAGAUAAGAUCAUCGAACAUCUGAAAUCUCAUAACCAUACAGUGAUGCCAACUGACCAUUACAAUUCACUCAAAAAGGUGGCCGAGCAAUCACUCGAGGAAAGAGCCAAAUUAGACAAUAAGACCAUCCUAAACACAGGUGAUUAUAAAGCAUUAUAUAAGAAAGCUAACGAUCCUGAAAUUGAUCACAUUAAUGAGAAAGCUGGUGUGUUUGAUCAUAUUGUUGUGGAUAAAUCGAAAUUCAAUGAAUUGGAGGGCAUAGCUACAAGACCUUCCCUCGAUCACCUUAAACAAAAGGCAAAGGAUCAUGAGCAUGUUAUCAUACACGCGAAUGAUUUCUCUGAGUUAGAAACCAAGGCAAAUGAAAGUGUUCAUGAUAAAGCAAUUGCAUUAUCGAUGGCUGCAAUUCCAGUAUCUGAAUUGGAUAAUUUAAAGAAAUCAGCUGGUGAGUCACUUGAUGAAAAGGCUCUCAAGUCCAACAAGAAGAUAAUAGAAAAUGAUGAGUACGAGAACUUAAUUAAAGAUGCAACCAAUCCACCAUUGUCCAAAAUCAAACAAUUUGCUGCUAAUAAUAAUCUUAUCUUAAUUCCGGAGAAUGACUUUGAUGAGAUGAAGGUCAAAGCAGAAGAACCUAUUGAAUCCAGAGCCGAAAAAGUGGGAUUUUCACUUGUGAAUGUUGAUGAAUAUAGAAGAUUAUGUUCCGACUAUGAGCAGCCACUGGUUGAGUAUUUGACCGGAAAAGCUAAAGAUCUUGGUUACGUGAUAAUUAAUAAAUCUCAGUUCGAAGAAUUAGAAAACUCCAUGAAAGAAAGUUUAGAUAGAAAAGCUGAGAAUGAAGGCAAAAAGGUUAUUUCUGCUACGGAAUACGAUACAUUAUUUUCUCCAUCUGUUGAUAAGUUAAGAGAACAUGCUGAGUCCCAUAAACAUUCAAUUAUUCCAGCCGCUGAGUUGGCAACAUUAGUCGCAGCAGCUGGUGAGACGUUGGAAAGUAAAGCCAGUAAAGAAAAUAUGAAAGUAUUAUCCCAUGUUGAUUAUGAUGACUUGAAUACCAAAGCAUUUGACCCAUCAUUAGAACAUAUAAAUGAAAAGGCUGCUGCUUUAGGGUAUAUAGCUGUUGCCAGUCAAAGCUACGAUGUCCUCAAUACUAGAGCUAAUAAAUCAUUGGAAGAUCAAGUCAGCGAAAGUAACUUGAAACUUAUUACUCCAAAUGAAUACGAUGAUUUAUUAGUCAGGGCCAACAAGCCUUCCAUUGAGAAUAUCAAAAACAGUGCUUCUGCAAAUGGAUUAGUUGUUGUUCCAAUGGAAGACUAUAAUAAAUUGAAAAUUGUUGCUGAAGAACCAAUUGCUGACAAGGCUGCUGCAGGUGGCAUGGUUCUUGUUAAAAAAGAUCAAUAUGAAGAGCUCUUAAGGGAAUUGGAAAGCCCAACGAAUCAAUACUUGAUCGAAAAAGCGGCUUCUAUUGGAUCUAUGAUUAUUUCUGUCGAAGAAUUGAAUAAGCUUAAAGCAUCAUCAGAAAUCAGUGUUUAUGAUAAAGCAAAAUCCCAGGGCCUUGUUGUAAUGGAGUCCAAUGAACAUAACAGUUUAGUAUCUGCUAAUCAAUCCUUAAGGGAAAGAGUUGAGCUUCUUCAAUCACUUGAAGGUGAAGCACUUGUCCAAAUCAAAGAACAGUUCGAGAUGAAGGGCUACGAAGUCAUUAGAAAAGAAGAUUACGAAGAACUCUUGAGAAAAACUGGUGAACUAUCCGAAGGUGAGUUGAAAGAGUUAGCCGAAAUGAAAGGUUUCUUAAUGGUCAGUAAAGAUUCGGAAACUAGAGAAUUGGAAGAUAAUGAUAAUAAUAUUCCAAAAAGCAACAGAAUGUCCAGAUUGUCAAUGAUUUCUAAUAAUGAUGAAUUCGCUGAUGCCGAGGACUCAUUCAUUUUGAAUAGAGAUGAACUUGACAAGAGUGCUGCUAAAUUGGGUAUGGUAAUUAUGAAUAGAGACGAAUACAAUAAACUAACCGAACCAAAGGAAUUAAGUGAGAAGGAAUUGAGCUCUGAAGCAGAGAAGAGAUCGUUAUUAGUUAUUCCUGAAGUCGAGAUACUUAAAUUGAAGCAGAAGCUUGCUGAAAAAGACUCACAGAUUUUCAGUCUUAGCAAGAACGCCGACAGCGAGAAUUCGAAAGAACUUAUAAUUGAAAAACUGAAUGAACUUGGAUUAAUUGUUUUAGAGAAGGAAGAAUAUCAAAAGUUGAAUACACUUGCCAAUGUCGGAAGAAACCCAUCUGAACAAAUUUUAGGUAGAUCUGAAUUAGAAUCUAAAGCCACUGAAUUUGGAUUAGUGGUUAUGGAUCAAGAAAACUACUUGAAUAUGAAGAAAUCGGCAUCAAUUAUUGAUGAUAAAAAGAAAAUUAAUGAAGUAGCUAGCAAGUUUGGACUUAUCUGUGUUCCUGAAAGCUCAUUCAUUGCAACUACAGUAUCUAGACGUCCAGAUCCAAAUCAAGUUACUCUUCUUCCAACCACUUAUUAUAAUAAAUUAUCCAGAAAUGAUUCAUUAUCAGUUGAAAAAAUAUCAGAUGAAAUGUUUAAGAAGUAUGCUGAAAAGCGUGGCUAUAAACAUAGAGAUGAAUUAGGACCUCCAAUGCUUGCAGAAGGUUCUACGUUCAAUGAAGAAUUAGCUAGUAUUGAUGAAAGAACACCCCCAACUCAAUAUCCAAGCCCAGAAUUUGCUCAAUCUCAUAGAUUUACUCCUCCAUCAACAUCAGCAACCUCUGCUACAGCUAAAUUAAGAACGCCUCAAUCAUCUGCUGGCUCAACAGCUUACAGUAAUAGACAAUUAGGCAAUAACUAUCUCACACAAUCAGGAUCUGUAAGGUCUAAUUUGUCGGGGCAUUCAAAAGGUGCAAGCGUUGCUGAGUCGAUUAAUACUAUGGGUGGAUUGUCAUUGGCCACAAACGCUUCAUUUACUGAUAAAUCCAUGAUCCCAGCUAUUACUCAAGUUGUUAUUGGUGAAUACUUGUUCAAGUAUUAUCGUCGUUUAGGGCCAUUGAGUUCCAUAUCUGAAAAUAGACAUGAAAGAUACUUCUGGGUUCAUCCAUACUCAAUGACUCUCUAUUGGUCUUCAUCGAAUCCUGUUUUGUCUAACCCAUCUGAGGUAAAAACAAGAGCUGCAGCUAUUGUCAGUGUUGAAAGUGUUCCUGAUAAUAAUCCAUUACCUACUGGAUUAUAUCAUAAGAGUAUAAUUGUUCAUUGCCAAAGUAAGACUCUUAAGAUUACAUGUGCUACCAGACAACGUCACAACAUUUGGUAUAAUGCUUUGCGUUACUUAAUCAACAGAAAUGUUGAUGACUUAAGUUUUGAUACUGAACAAUUAGAUGAAGAAGGAGAAGACGAUCAAACCAUUAAAGAUCGGAAUAUUUUAGAACAUCAAUCAGCUGGUAAUAGUCCUAGAAGUAAUGCAGUAAGUGGGAAAGAAAGAGAUCAACAGCAACAAAGCGGAAUCUAUGAUCCAGGUGAACGUCAUGCAUUCCCCCGUCCAAGAAUAUCAUCUACACCAAAUGGCGGAUUAAGAAGUCCAUCAAGUGGAAUGAAACUUAACCGUUUCUCUAGUUUAAGAAGACCAUGAUUAUUAAAAAAGAUAAAAAUAACAUCAAAAAAUAUUUAAAAAACAAAAAAAAAUAAAAAUG